AUGGCAACAAAUGAAGUUAAUAUAUAUACAGAUAUUUUUAAUCAAAAUAUUAUAAAAAAUGAUUAUAAUAAAAAGAAAAAUGAAAAAGAUCUACUAUUUAUUUCACAAUAUAUAAAAUCAAAUCAAUUACAUACAACAUUAUCAGAUCAUCAAUUAUAUUUCCAACAAAUUAAUAAAGAAAGGAAAUUAAAAUCAUUAGAAAUUUAUGAAAAAUAUUUAAAUAAUGAUAAUAAAGAAGAUAAAUUAAAGAAACAGCAUUUAUAUAAAGACUAUCAUCAUGAUAAUAAUAAUAAUAACAAUAACCAUAACAACAACAAUGAUCUACUAAAACAUAAAUUAAAUCAUAAAUUAAUAAGUCCUAAAAUUCAACAUUUAAAAGAAGAAAGUAGGAAUUUAUUAAAUGAACAUAAAUUAUCAACAAAAGAUACAAAAGAUUCUCAACUUUUGAAAAAACCAUAUAUUACAAAUGAAAAUAAUAAUAAUAUUCAAAUUAAUAAACAACUAUCUACCAAAAAAUUUGAAGAAGAUUUAUCAACUAAAUCAAAAAUAAAAAUUAAAAUUCAAAAAUUACCAAUUAAUUAUAUGGAUUGUCCAAUAGAUUAUUUAAUAUUAUUAAUAUCAAGAAUGUUACUUUCAUUAAUUUCAUUAAAUGAUAAAUCAGUACCAACAUCAAUUUCAAAUCCACCUAUAGUAAAUUCUUCAUCAACUAAUACAAAUGGAACCACCACCGCCACCACAACAACCACAUCACCUAGUACAACACCUACUACUACAAAUAACCUAUUAACAAGAUAUCAUUCAAGAACACCACCAGCAAUAUCAAUAUUCACCUAUUUAACAAGAUUAACAAAAUUUAAUAAUUUUAAUCCAGCAAAUUUAUUAACAACAAUAUAUUAUAUAGAUUUAUUAUCACAUCAAUAUCAACCAUUUUUUACAUUAAAUUCAUGGACUGUUCAUCGUUUCCUUUUAGUUGCAACAAUGAUUUCACAAAAAUGUAUAGAAGAUUUUUUUUAUACAAAUUCUCAUUAUGCAAAAGUUGGAGGGGUAGCAUUAAGUGAAUUAAAUUGUUUAGAAUUAGAUUUUUUAAAUAGAGUUGAUUGGAGAUUAAUUCCUAGUAAACAAACAAUUAUAAAUUCAAAAACAAAUUUAUUAAAAAAUGAUAUAAAACUUGCUCAAGAUGUUUUAAAUUUAUAUUAUUUUCAAUUAAUUGAACUUAUGGGGAAAAAUUUAAUUCAUGAUGAAAAAAAUUAUAUGGAAAUUAACAAUAAUAAUGAUAAUAAUACAAGUAGUAAAUUUUUUUUACAUUUUAUAAAAGAAUCACCAACUCAAAAAGAUCAAGAAAAAUUAAUAAUAACGGAUGAAGAAAUUGAAGACGAGGGACCAAACGAUAUAGAAGAAGAAGAAGAUGAUGAUGAUGAUGACGAAGAAUUUUAUGAUUCAGAAGAUGAUGAAGAAAUGGAAGAAUACGAUUUCGAAGAUGAUGAUGAAGAAGAACAAGAACAAGUACCACAAGAAAAGACAAAAAUUGAAGUACCUAAAACGUAUCAACCUAAUUAUAAUAAUAAACGAAGAAAUUCAAACAAAUUAGAUUUGCUUUAUGAUAAAAAUGGUUAUAUAAUAAAUGGAUCUUCUUCUCCUCAUUUAAAACGAAGGUAUUCUAGUGAAUAA